GGGAAAUGAUUGAUUUUUCAGAUUUACGGGCCUGGUGUUCGCAGUUGGAGAAAGGCGAGCUACAUGUACUGCCCCGGAUGAUCCAGUUAUUGCAUAAGACGCGAAAACAAGUGAAUGCAAGCGUGCUGACAAGUCUGAUCAAUUCGCAUCUCGCAUCGCUUCCACUGAUCAAGGAGCAGCUGCUUCAGUCACUUCCAUCUGCAAACAGUGUACAACCGGUGAUCUCUUCUGUUUUGGCCCGGAACCAGUUAGCGCUUGCUGGCUUAGAUGCUUCGCAUUGUUGUCCCGUUUUCACUGGAAUUUUUUUUUUUCAGAUGGAAGUGGAUGUGAGCAAAGGCGGUCGCUCUCCACGACCACGACGAUCGGGCGGUCAAUCGACUACGGCUCCAUCGCCAGAAGUGGAGCUAUAUAUUCAUUUGCUUGUUCUACUCUAUCUUGUGGAUCAGAAAAAACUCGACGACGCGGAAAAGUGCGUGGAAAUGCUCAUCUCCCGAAUCGAUUACCACGAGAAGCGUUCGCUGGAUUCGAUUGCCGCAAAGGCAUAUUUCUAUUUAUGCCUGAUUUACGAAACGAAAAAUAAACUGGAUCAACUACGAGCAUAUUUGAAUGGCCGUUUACGUACAGCCACACUUCGUCGACAGUACGAUUCACAGGCAGUGCUGAUUGUAUGCCUUCUGCGGGCUUAUUUACUUGGAAGGCACUACGAAGCUGCUGCUAUGCUCGUUUCAAAGGUUAACUUUCACACUUUGCCGCCAUUAUUGAAUUAUACAGCUGCUGCCGGCUAUUUCAUGCAGGCAAUUCGGAAAGCUCCGCAAGAUGCUGCUAUUGGCUUCAAACAAAAUGUGCAGAAAUGGAUUGUUGUGAUAAGUUUAUUGCAAGGCGAAAUUCCAGAACGUUCCGUUUUUCGUGUACCAAUUCAUCGCAAAACUCUUGCACCGUAUCUCGAACUUACCCAA